GCAGGAGGUAGGAGGCAGGAGGUAGGAAGUAGGAGGUAGGAGGGCUCCUCUCUCGGCGGAGUGCGCGAGCAGCAGAGCAGUUGACGCACAGAGAGCAUCAACUACACCUGCGCGACACGUUUAGGACACAACUCGAGGAGAGCUGAAUUUCCAGGGAUGGCGCCACGAAUGGACGACUGCGUACGUCUGUGCUGUGAAGUAGGAGCCGACCAGCAGAUCAAGGUGGCAGUCAAGAACUCCACCAAAGGAGCCGUUUUGGCCGGAGGGACGGCCUUUGUAGGCGGGAUGCUCGGUGGACCUCCAGGGAUCGCUGUUGGCGGCGCGGUGGGCGGUCUCCUGGGCAGCUGGCUGACCAGCGGACAGUUCAAGCCUCUGCCUCAGAUCCUGAUGGAGUUGCCUCCUGCCCAGAAGCAGAAGCUCUACGAUCAAGUCUCAGCCGUCUUGAAGAACGUGGCCUGGACGGACGCGGCGCAGCUCAUCGCCCUGGUGAUGGGCAACGCUGCUCUCCGCCAGCAGGUCACCGCCGCGUUGCUGAACUACGUCACAACGGAGCUGCGAUCCGAGGUGCGCUAUGCAGACUGAGUUGUGACCGCGUGGAGCUCUAAGGAUGCUCGGGUCCGCCCACACAAACGCAUCCUCAGCGCUUUGUACUCAAUUAGGAAAAGCUGUGGAUCAUGAAUGUUCUCAUUCUCCCCUUUUUACCAUUUAGGGACACUGCACAAUGCAUUAUAAUCUAGUAAAAUUAUAAAACAUCAUUUGAAAAAUAAAGAUCUGCUGAAAAGAC